UGCUCCCUUCUACCCACGGGACACCGAGGCCCAAGCAAGGGAGAGCACCUGGGCUCGGGAUGGGUAGGCCUAGGAGGGAGGCCCCCAUCUCACUGAGCCUCAGAGCUCAGAAACAGGGACUAUUGUCGUAGAGCAAGUAGGUCCAUUGGGAAGGGGCAGAUGGGCUUCAGCCUGGACUCUAACCACUCCUCUGAGGCCAGCAGCCCCCUGAGAAGCCGCCCCUGCCGCAGGAUGUGGCUCAGGGCGUCCCCUCCCCUAGCUGUCCAUAUGAAGGGCUAUGGUCAAAAGCCUCUUUCAGGUCUGGGGUUUCCAAGCUUCCAUCCUCAACCCGUCCUGGAUUUUUAUACACCAGUUGCUGUUGAGUAGACUCCAACUCAUAGUGACCCCAUGUGUACAGAGCAGAACCGCUCCAUAGGAUUUUCAAGGCUGUGACCAUUCGGAAGCAGAUAGCCAGGCCCAUCUUCCAAGGCGUCUCCGGGCAGGAUUUGAACCUCCACAAGGUUGGGGCCAAGUGCUUAAUGUCUGCACUGCCCAGGGACCCCGGUGUUUUGUACAGGAAGGACUUUCUAACCAUACAAAAAAAGAAUCAUAAAGGAAGAAUGGGUUCCUGAACAAGUCAAAAGCUAGCUUAAACAAUACCAAACAGCAAACCACUAACUUGGGAAAAAAGUGCGACAGAUACAAAAUCCAUAUGAAAAACCUUCACAAAACAAACAAUAUGAAAAGUUACACCCCACUAGAAAAAUACAUAAAUACCUUAAGAAAGAAACAGACAUAAGGCUGAACCUUACCCAUCAAAUGGCUGCUGAUUAAGUGCUGGCAACCGCCGUGGCUGGCAGGACCACCUGAGAGUAACCUGUAAUUUGGUAGACUCUCUCUGGAAAGCAAUUUGGCAACACAGGCUGAGCACUUUACACACUCCAAGGACUCGGUCCUAAGAAAGCAGCUGGAUAUUUAGCUAAAGAUAGAUGCCAGUGCCUUUCACCACAGCCACAUUUAUUAACGGGACAAAGUAGAGCCAGCCUAAGCAUCCAAUGACAAGAGCUUCGUUAACGCAAGACAUGGCCCGGCCAUGUUUGUAGUCACUGUUACUAAAUUCUCAAAGACACCUCAACCCGGGGAGGGCCCAGGGCAGUCUGUGGACCCCUUGCCCCAGUUAAACUUGUGUUUCCCCCGACAUGUCUCCAUCCAUCUGUCUGCCAGUCUGGAGGGCCUCUAAGUGGCAGCAGGCCUGGGCUGGAUGGGACACAGUCACAGCCAGGGGACCCAGCCUGUAGGUAGGGGAGGGCAUAGCUGGGUGGAGCAGCAGCGGGGCUCACUGGCUGCCCUCUCCCCAGGGCUCAGCUGAGAGCCCUGCAGCCCUUCCAGGGCUGGACAGUGCUCUUUCCCCAGGGAGGCCCUGGGAACAGAGGGGCCCUGUGACCCAGCAGUGAGGUCACAGAGCCCUGCAACUGUGCUGAGGAGCAGGGAGACGGAGAGCCAGCCAUGAAUUUUGACCAGAAAGCUGUGAAAUUCCUGGCAAACUUUUACAUCAACGGAGGCAAACACUGGACCCAUGGCCCGCUGGGGCAGAAAGCACCAGCACUCAACCAGCCCAAGGCUUCUGUGCUGUUGGAGAGCCAGGAACCCGAGAUGGCCUGGGACAAGGCAUGGCCCCCAGUGGCCCACGAUCUCCCGGCCGGCCUUAGGGUGCGAAUGGGCACCCCUCAGGACCUCCCGCCUGCCUGCACCUGCACCCUGAGGGAGCUGCUGCUGGAGCAGCGCCCCCCCAUCCUGACUGACCUGGAGAUCCCCAGCCCCACGAAGUACCCAGUGCCAGAUGCAUCUGUGCGCGAGUCCUCCCCACAUCCCUGCUAUACCAUGGGCCGCAAGCCCCCUGCCCAUGAGGGUGGUGGCCGCAGGGCCUGGCAGACCGUGUGGCUUCAGAGUGAAAACCCCUUCACACAGAAAGCUGACUUCAACCGAGAGCAAAAGUGGCCAUCGCCCACUGACUACCAGCCCUCCAUCCGGCCUGCCUUCAGCUCUGGCUGUCACUGCCCAACCUCCAAGACCCCUGAGGGCCAUGCCCGCGCACCCAAGGCUCGGGGACUAAGCCCCUGGGCCCAGGCCCCCCUACAGACUUCUUUGCAUCCCCCCGGUGAGAAGCGGCCCAGCCCCAACACCUACAACAUCCUGCCCGGGUCUGUCCUGCAGAGCCCACGCUCACCAGCCUUCUCUAUGAGCCGCUCGCCUGCCUUCGCCUCCUGGGUCAGCACCUCGUGCACCCCUGGCCCAGCCACCUACCACGUGGAGGACUGCUACAACUCACGCUUCCCUUCGACACCUGGAGUGCUCAUCCAAGGCUCACGGAGACCCAAGCGCCAUGACACGGGCCCCUUCAGCACGCUCUAGAGCCACCAGGCAGAGCUGGCCUGGCCAUCGAGUGGCACCCUGGCUUCACCUGGGGCCUUCCCAGGCCUCCCUCUGGAACUCAGCCCCCUAGCCUAGCCUUCUGACCCUCUGGGAACCCCAGGCCACCCUUCUGAGACCAUGGACGAGAGAUUCCAGGCUACGGUCUCCUCCUGCCCACCUUAUGCUAUACAGAGACGCUGUCAUUGACUCUGGCCUUUUUGUAAGCUCCCCAUUCCCGCCUCCAUGUGCCGCCUCACCGUCAUCAAUGCUGCCCUUGGCCAGUGCUUGCCCCUUGCCUGUCACAUAGGGUGGCACCCAGGGACUGGUCUGGGGCACCAGUCAAUCGCUAGAGGCCAGGCUUCUUGUUGAGCAACGACCCAAGUGCUGGGGCUGAGGUGGGGGGCCAGACUCUGUGGCCACCAGCUUGAGCUGGGACCAGCCACCCAGUUGUGAUGGAGGGCCCAGAGGCCCAGCUCAUCUGGGUCCGCCCCACUGCCCCAUGCCCAGAGGCCCAACCCAA